CCGCUUCGCUUCACACGACCUCUCCUCUGAUCCUCUCCCACCCACUCCUUCUCGCCAUGGACGGCGGCGGUGGCGACUACAGCCCGCGCUUCCAGCGUCAGGCCUCAUGCUCCUGCGCCCCCUCCAUCUCCCGCCGGGGAUUCGUGCGCGCCGGCUUCGACCUCGACGGCGACGACUACUACUACGACGACGACAUCUUCCACUCCUCCUCCUCCUCCUCGGCCGGCGGCGGCGGCCCUUACUCCGCUGCGGCGUACGCCGGAAACCAGCGCCCGUCCGCGCGCACGAGGCUGAGGGGGCUGUGGCGGCGCAUCAUGCGGGAGAAGAAACGGAUCCUGCUCUGCACCACCGGCUGCUUGCCGAUGGCGGCCGCACCGCAUCGGGAGCCGUACGACGAGUACAGCUACGCACAGAACUUCGACGACGGAGAGGCGUGGGUGGAGCCGGAGAACCUCUCGCGCUCCUUCUCCGCGCGCUUCGCUGUCCCCUCCAGGGUGCUGCAGAGGGUCGCCGUGUAGAAGCUCCAAGAAACCGCCGGCCGCCGGCGGCUUGAUCUUUUUUUCUUCUUUUUUCCCUCUUUCCAAUUUUGGAGCCGUAAAUUGUGAAAACAGAAGCAUCAAUCCCAUCUGUAUAUGCAUCCAGAUUUUAAUUUCA